AUGGACCCAAAGAAUCCCUCACCUAGACAGGCAAAUAGAUGGACAACAGAAGCACCCACGGCACACAGCUCCACGGAAGCUACUGAUGGUUUCGGACACCGCCUGGCAGGUGGGGGCUUUGACGGCUCGGCCAAUUCUCACCCGCUUCCAAGGUGGCCUGAUCCUGGGCGCUGCCGCCACUGCCACAGCUGCGGACUGACGGACAGCUCAGGUCCCGGGGAGGGAGGAGCCAGCCCGGCCUCAGAGCCACGCCUUCCAGCUCUGCCCACCCUCCCCCCACCCCUCCGCCUCAAACACACCUCCCCCUCUUCCCAGACUGAAGUCCCGCCCAGCUGGCUGAGCGCUCUGCAGAUGCUGCUGCUGCCGCCCGCAGCCGCCCGCAGCCGCCACCGCUGCUGCUGCUACCACCGCAAAGUCUUGGAUGGGAGGGGCGGGGCGCUCAUCCAGUCUGUCCCGCUGACUGCCACCGCCUCCUCCUUCCUCUUCCCUCCUACUGCAGCCAGCUUGCCGCCCGGUGGUGACAAGAAUGUGUGGGAGCUCCGAGGAGGAACCGGGCCAAGCCACACACAGCUCAGCCCCGAGAGCAGGUUGCAGUGGCCGAGCUGUGUCUUGUGUCCUGGAAACCACGAUGCAUGUACAAGGUCUAGUUGGAGAAAGAAGGAUCCAGCAAUGUGUCUAAUAGACUCCAGCGAAAGAGGUCUGCCUGUAAACAUGGUCUUUUGCCGCCCCUCCAAUCCAGUGAACUGUUAGCAUCAAUGCACCCCCAAAAUGGAGCAUUCCUACUAGCACGGGGCUGAGGUCUGACUUUGGCCAGUCUACUUGCAGAGAGCUCUGGACAGGGGUUAGGAGACCUGUGUCCUAGUGCCACCUCAGGCAAGGAAGAUCUAUACCUUGACCUUGGGGGGGCGGGGUGCAAACCUCACAGCUUCCACGAGGUGCAGUUUUUUUCAACUGUCACAUGGUGACUAUGAUUCUGGUCCUAACUACGUCACUGAUUGUUGUUAAGCUAUAAUGAGGUAAUAUUAAAAGAGAAAAACUUUGAAAAGUAUACACAUAUAAGGGCAAGCCACCAAAGAGCGAGGAUGAGGAAAUAUCAAGGGUCUAUAUUACAAAAA